AUGGAGAGCUCAAAUGUUAUUCUUACCGGUGGACAUGGAGGUCUGAAGUUUUGGGACAUACGUGAUCCAUUUCUUCCAUUGUGGGAUGUCCAUCCAGCAUCAAAGUUCAUAUAUAGCCUGGACUGGGUGCCAGAACCAAGGAAAGUUGUAUGCGUUAUGAUAUCCUUCGAUGAUGGAACAAUGAGACUGCUCAACUUAGUUACUGCAUGUGAUGUUCCUGUUUCUGGAGAACCUUUUGGGGCAUAUAAGCAACCAGGAGGUCCAGGACUGCACCUUUAUAAUUGUUCAUCCUUUGCUAUCUGGAGUGUACAAGUGUCGCGACUAACAGGCAUGGUUGCAUAUUGUGGUGCUGAUGGUACUGCUACGUGCUUUCAGCUAACAUCACAAGCAGUGGGGAAAAGAUUUUCACGAAAUCGAACCCCGCAUUUUGUAUGUGGAUCCUUGAUGGAGGAGGAUUCCGCUGUAAUAGUUAACACCCCCUUACCAGAUAUUCCUUUGCCAUUGAAGAAGCCAAGUAUUGAUUGUGGGGAGGGCCAAAGAUCCAUGCGUACCUUCUUAACCAAGUCAAACCCAGGCAAAAAUGAUAAGGAUAGUAAGGCAAAAGUUCCAACUUCUAAUAAACAAACUUCAGUCAUUAGCGAAAGCAACGAUCCUGGCACGGAAUCUGAACCUGAGGAAACAUUGGCAGCUCUGAAACACAAAAUCAAGCAAAAAUCUAUAAGUGUCAACAAGAAGAAAGCCAACGAUGAUAAAGUAUUGUCACUAAAUACCAAAAAAGCAACAAAUAAAGGGAAAGAAGAAACUGGAAAAGAAGUUGAAAGCAAAAUUGAGACAUUUCCUCCCAAGAUUGUGGCAAUGCAUAGAGUUAGAUGGAACAUGAACAAGGGUAGUGAGAGAUGGUUGUGCUAUGGUGGAGCAGCCGGGAUUGUUCGAUGUCAAGAGAUUAGAUAG